CAGUUGGAUGUACUCACGGUUGACUCAAUAUGUCGGGACCUGAAAGAAUCACGUUACCAGAUGCUCUGCAGAAUGUUGAUGUGUUAGAUGAACUGAAACUGCCAGAUCAACAGCCAUGUAUAGAGGCGGCUAAUAUGCCCAUACACUAUGUGGCAAAUUUGGACACCAACUUUGAGGACCGUAAUGCAUUCGUCACUGGUGUGGCCAGAUAUAUAGAAGAGGCCACUGUACAUGCACAACUAAAUAUACUGCUAGAGGAAGGAGAGACCUAUGCCGUCACACUGUAUACAUGGAGGUCAUGCUCCAGGGCAUUGCCUCAAGUGAAGUCAAAUGACCAGCCAAACAGGGUAGAGAUCUAUGAGAAAACAGUUGAGGUACUUGGGCCUCAGGUGGAUAAAAUGAUGAAGGCUAUGUACUUUACACGUACUGCCACAGAAAGAUUCUGUAGUGAAGUGAAGAGAUUGUCUCACAAGGAAAGACGAAAUGACUUUGUAUCUGAGGCAUACCUAUUAACAAUUGGCAAGUUCCUCAACAUGUUUGCUGUACUGGAUGAGUUAAAGAAUAUGAAGUCAAGUGUCAAGAAUGAUUACUCAGCUUAUAGAAGGGCAGCACAAUUUCUGCGAGUCAUGUCUGAUCCCAACACUCUGGCCGAAUCUCAGAAUUUAUCCAUGUUCCUGGCCACACAGAAUAAAAUCAAAGAUUCUCUUAAGGAAACUUUACAAACUAUCAAUGGGUAUGAGGAGCUAUUGUGUGAUGUCAUCAAUAUUUGUGUGAAGUUCUAUGAGGAGAGGAUGUAUCUAGGUGCCAGUGAGAGACAGAUGCUCGUCAAGGUGAUGGGAUUUGGUCUUUUCCUGAUAGAUGGCGGUGAUGUCAAUAUAAAUAAACUUGAUGCAAAGAAGAGAAUCAAUCUCGGCAAGAUUGACAAAAUAUUUAAGCAACUAGAGGUUGUUCCCUUAUAUGGUGAUAUGCAGAUCGCACCAUUCUACUUCAUCCAGCGUAUGCCUCACUACGACUCCUCCAAGUGGCCAAUGUGCACUUCCAGCUCGAUAAGCUCCCAGUCGAACCUUCUGUCUAACUUGGAGCACAUACGAGAUGCACACACACGAUAUACCAGUGAACUAGCCAGGCACAGUAAUGAGGCGAUUACGACACAGAAGGAAAGCCACAGUAGAAGUGACACAGAGAAUAAAGAAAUGUGUCACCUUGCAUUGACUGGAAUGCAGCUAUUAUCACAAUGGACGUCACAGAUCAUGGAACUGUAUUCAUGGAAGUUGCUAAAUCCCACUGAUCCUAGAGAUAACCCCCAUUGUCCCAAAGAGGCGGAAAGUUAUGAGCGGAGCACCAGAUAUAACUACAGCAGCCAGGAAAAAUUUGCGAUUAUUGAAAUCAUGGCGAUGAUCAAAGGGCUCCAUCUUUUAAUGCAGCGAAUGGAGUCAGUGUUUAUGGAUGCAAUACGACGCAACAUCUACGCGGAAAUACAGGAAUUCAUUCAGCAAACUAUCAGAGAUUCCCUUCGCAAAGCUGUGAAAAAUAAGAAGGAAGUGGUCAGAACAAUUAUAAUGUCUGUGAGAGAGACUUGUGCUGAUUGGCUGAGAGGAGUCGAACCCCAUGAUGAUCCAGCCUUAAAAGGCAAAAAAGAUCCCGAAGAAGGCUACCAUAUCAAAGUUCCCCGUCGUAAUGUUGGACCUUCAAGUACACAGUUGUACAUGGUACGCACCAUGCUUGAGUCUCUAGUCACAGACAAAGGAGGAAAGAAAACACUACGCAAGGAUGUUGACACUCAGUUCAUCAGUGCCACUCUGGAUUUCCAUCAAAAGUCAUUCUUCUGGAAUUAUCUUCUCAACUUUAACGGCUCCCUUCAGAUGUGCUGUGAUCUGUCUCAACUUUGGUUCAGAGAGUUCUUCCUGGAGAUGACCAUGGGCAAAAGAAUACAGUUCCCUAUAGAGAUGUCCAUGCCUUGGAUUCUGACAGACCAUGUCUUGGAAACAAAGGAGCCAAGCAUGAUGGAAUACAUCCUAUACCCUCUAGAUCUGUAUAAUGACAGUGCUUACUACGCUCUCACAAAAUUCAAGAAACAGUUCUUAUAUGAUGAAGUGGAAGCUGAGGUGAAUCUUUGUUUUGACCAGUUUGUGUACAAAUUAAGUGACCAGAUCUACGCCUAUUACAAACAUCUGGCAGGAAGUAUGAUGUUAGAUAAGAGGUUCAGGGCAGAGUGUAAGGCAACUGGCACAACUAUCCCUUGGCCUACAGCUAAUAGAUACAAGACAUUGCUGAAGCAAAGACAUGUACAGAUUCUUGGUAGAUCCAUAGACCUGAACAGGCUGCUCUCCCAAAGAGUCAGUGCAGCGUUGCAGAAGUCACUGGAGCAUGCUAUUGUCAAAUUUGAGGGGGGUGACCUCACAGGAAUAGUGGAGCUAGAUGGUCUUAUAGAGUGCAAUAAACUAACCCACAGGCUAUUAUCCGAAUACCUACCACUUCCUGACUUUGAUGCCAUGUUCCGCGAAGCCAACCACAAUGUCAGCGCCCCCUAUGGUAGGAUCACUCUCCACGUCUUCUGGGAACUCAACUAUGACUUCCUGCCCAACUAUUGCUACAAUGCGGCCACUAACAGAUUUGUAAAGACAGCCAUGUCCUUCAGUCAGCCCUUACACCGAGAGAAAACACCCGGAGCCCCGGCACAACAUAACUGGGGAACAAAGAUGCUGAAUAUCUGCUAUGAGAAAUUGAUAUACCAACAAUAUACAAGCUUUGUUGGUGCCCCUCAUUUCCGCUCCAUUACGCGGUUAGUUGGUUACCAAGGUAUUGCCGUGGUUAUUGAGGAGCUCUUGAAGAUCAUCAAGAAUUUGUGCUACGGUGCUAUACAGCAAUACAUGGUAACUCUACAGAAUGUAAUGCCCAAGGUCUGUAAGCUGCUGCGCUAUGACUAUGGUUCCCCAGGUAUCCUAGGCUACUUCCAGGCACAAUUGAAUGAUCUUAUACAAUACCCUGAUCUUAGAACUGAGGUGUUCCAAGGCUUCAAGGAGAUUGGCAAUGCUGUCCUCUUCUGUAUGUUACUGGAGCAAUCAUUGUCACAAGAAGAAGUAUGUGAUCUGAAACAUGCAUCUCCCUUCCAGAAUAUCAUCCCCAAGCCACAUAUACCUCCAAAAGAGGGCCAAGACAAAAAGGAGAGAGAGGCGGAAGCAAGGGCACAGAUGAAACGCCUGGAAGCCAAAUACGCGGCCCUACAAAUAGUUCCCGUCAUGAGUAAGCUGGGAACGAAACAGCAAGCAGACAUCGCAGCAGAAGGUGACCUACUUACACGGGAGAGACUCUGUUGCGGUUUGUCAGUGUUUGAGAUUGUCCUGACACGAAUCAAGUCAUUCCUAACUGACAGCAUUUGGCAUGGUAUGGUCCCAACCAAUGGUGUGAUGAAUAUUGAUGAAUGUACAGAGUUCCAUAGACUUUGGAGUGCUAUACAAUUCUCGUAUUGUAUGCCUGUUGGGAACAAUGAGUUCACCAUAGAACAAUUGUUUGGAGAAGGUCUAAACUGGGCAGGGUGUGUAUUGAUAGUCUUACUAGGCCAGCAGAGGAGGUUUGAGGCUCUUGACUUCUCAUAUCACAUUCUACGUGUUAACAUGGUUGACCAGGCUGAUGACACCUGUAGAGGAAUACCUCUAAAAAGAAUGGUGGAUCGUAUACGAAAGUUUCAAAUCUUGAACAAUCAAAUAUUUGCUGUACUGAACAAGUAUCUUAAGUCAAGUGAUGCGGACAAUCUCCCAGUGGAACAUGUGAGAUGCUUCCAGCCUCCUGUGCACCAGGAUGACACCAGCUCUACUGUAUAAGAUUGGAUAUUAUAUACCUGUAUUUAACAUUUGUGAAUAGUAUUAGGUGUAAUCGUGUGAAAGACAUAUCAGAACAAAACCAAUUUAAUUAGGAAGGGAGUAAAAAGAUUUGACGAGUUGAGGGUUAAUUAAGAAAAACUGCGACAAUUUUAUUUAAAAAGUGUGCAAAA